AAAGGGAAUGCUCAGCACGAUGCUCAAGAGUUUCUACUGUGGCUGCUGGACAGAGUACACGAGGAUAUAAACACAGUCAACCCCAACUGCAGGCCUGCUAUAAAGCCACCUAUUGAAGAAGAUGAUCAAAGCACAGAGGGGGCAUCACCUCCCCUCUCUGCUGGGUCGUUUGUGCAAGAACUGUUUCAGGCUCAGUACAGGUCGUCUCUCACUUGCCCACAUUGCCAAAAGCAGAGCAACACUUUUGAUCCCUUCCUCUGCAUCUCAUUACCAAUCCCUCUGCCACACACGCGGCCCCUGUAUGUGACUGUGGUGUACCAAGGGAAGUACUCUCACUGUAUGAGGAUCGGAGUUGCUGUUCCCCUCAACAGCACUGUCUAUCGCCUCAGAGAUGCUGUGUCACGUGAGACCAAGAUCCCAAUGGACCAGUUUGUUUUGACUGAAAUGUACUAUGAUGGUUUUCAUCGUUCAUUUUGUGAUGACGAUGAUGAUCUUAACAUCAUUCAAGAGAGCGAUUCCAUAUUUGCCUUUGAGACACCAGAGACCUUCAAACUGGAAAAUAUACGCACAAAAAGAGGAAGUCUGCUGGCAAACCUGAAUCAUAACAACUUCAAGUAUGGGACAGAAAUCAGCAGGACUCCGUCAUUCAUGCAGGGGGCCAUGACUCCUUUAACGGCAUCACCGAAUAAAAACCUAGGACCAGAAAAAAUAAUCCUUCUGGUGUGUAACAGAGCUUGUAGCGGCCACCAAGGAAAGAGGUUUGGACUCCCCUUUGUACUGUACAUGGAGCGCACUGUGACCUGGGAUGCUCUACAGAAAGAAACUGAAAAAAUGCGUCAUCUGUUGAGGCCUGGGGUCUACGUUCAGGUUGGACCUUUCAGUCUUCGGGUGGUUGGCGUUGUUGGUAUCACCUACCUCCUUCCUCAAGAUGAACGACCACUGUGUCACCAAACUGUGGAUAGAGCAUACAAGUCCUGUGGACAAGGGGGCCCACCACAUGUGAAGAUUGUGGUAGAGUGGGACAAAGAGACCAAGGACUAUCUGUUUGGACACACUGAGGAGGAGUACAUUCCUGAUGCUGAGAGCGUGUAUCUGCACAGGGAACAACAUCAUCAGCCGCAGGCCUGCACCCUCGCUCAGUGCUUUCAGCUCUACACUAAGGAGGAGCAGCUGGCCCCAGAUGAUGCCUGGCGCUGUCCCCACUGCAAGCAGCUGCAGCAGGGCCGCAUUAAGCUCAGCCUGUGGACGCUGCCGGAUGUGCUCAUACUGCAUCUCAAGAGGUUCAGACAGGAGGGAGACCGGAGGGUGAAGAUGCAAAACAUGGUGAAGUUCCCGCUGAUGGGCAUGGACAUGGCGCCUCAUGUGGUUAAAAGAAGCCAGAGCAGCUGGAGUUUACCUUCCCAUUGGUCACCAUGGAGACGGCCCUACGGACUAGGAAGAAACCCCGAUGACUAUCUGUAUGACCUGUAUGCUGUGUGCAACCACCAUGGGAACAUGCAUGGAGGCCACUACACUGCCUACUGCAAGAACUCAAUUGAUGGUCAGUGGUACUGCUUUGAUGACAGUGAGGUUUCACCAGUAGCUGAUGAUGACGUGUGUCAACAGACGGCUUAUAUACUGUUCUACCAGCGGAGGACAGUUAUUCCAUCCUGGUCAGCCAACAGCUCUGUUGCUGGUUCCACCAGUUCAUCCCUGUGUGACCACUGGGUCAACAGGUUACCUGGCAGUAGGCCUGCUAGUUUGGCCUCCGGGGCCUCAUCCAGGCGCACCUCUCUGGCAUCACUGGCUGAGUCAGUUGAGUUUCCAGCAGAACGCAGUGAAGAUGAUGGAGGAUUCUCCGUCCGUCUUGUGAGGAGCAUCCAGCGUCAGAGCUUGUCCUGCAGGUCUUCCAUCGCUAGCCCUUUAGCCUUCAGCGACAGUGGGAUAAAACCUUCGUGGUCUCUAUCUGCAAAGCUGCACAUGCGGUCCAACUCGCCAUCGCGCUUCUCCCUCGACUCUCGAUGUUCUCCUCCUCUAGAGAGGAUAGGAGAGGCCUGUGAUGACAAAGUUUCGACUUCCUGUUUUGGAAGCUACAGUAGACAUGAACGCUACUUUGGCAGCAGGUCUCCCCUGUCGAUGAUGGAGAGCAACUUGAGUGACCAGGACAACAAUAAAAGGUUCCUAGACAUGAUGUACUGCAGGGCUCCCACUCCAGUCGAAAAGAAAGGCACCAAAAAUGAGCCAACUGAAAACAACAACCAGAUAACCGCUAUUGACCAAAACAUUGUACCCACCCAAGCUACUCCCUCCAAAGAACAGAAACGUAAGAGCAGUAUCGGAGGAUUUGCAUCCAAGGCAGAAAGCACAGGCUCAACAAAGAGUUCCAGCAAAGCGGAGCAAGAGAAAACCUCCAAAAAACGUUUGUGCUCCACCCUUAAGACUGCCGCUUCUGAGACAUCUUCCAGUACACCUGUGAAGGGCAAAAAGAUCAAUACUAAAGAAAAGAGUGUAAAUACCAAGAAAAGCACCUCUACACCCAGUGGAACUCCUUCUAAAACAAAGGACAACUCGACCUCAGAGGCAACGCCACAACACAAGCCAUGCGUUCGCUCCACACCUCAGUCCUCAGCUUCUCCCUCGCCAACUGCAAAGAAGAUUUCCAGUGCCACUGAGAAAAGCUCUGCGAAUAGUCGGAAAAAGCUGAUAGAAAGGAGCUACAGCAGAGAUUCUAUGCACACUAGCCCCCUGGUAGACAAUCUCCGAGGCAGCUUGGUAGCCCGCUCUUCACUGCCAAAGAGUGGGGAAAGCAACCGGCCUGAGAGGAGAUUUGUGAGGAGCUCUAGCAGCAGCUCUUCUGUCACUAGUCUGCGCUCACCCAGCGUAUCCACCAGAGACCUGCAGCGCAGCAGCAAACCGGAGGAAAAAGCGUUGUCGUUCUUCAAGAGUGCCCUGCGACAAAGGGAAAGCCGCAGGUCGGCCGAUUUAGGAAAGAGCAGCAUGCUUGCAAAAAAGGCCUCAGAGAGGACAUGCAAGCAGAAUGGACAAGCCAAGGACAUUGGUGGAGAUAAUGGAAAGACAGGAGGCGCUGUAUCUUCACAGAAAUCUGUAGAGACUCAUGGAGGUGAGACAAAGUCAGAGACAAAGGCGUCUUCCAAGCCCCCCAGCUCUCUCAGUCGUACUCUGUUAAACGUUGGAAAAUCCAAGUCUUCCACUUCUGAAGUAAGUCUCAAGUCUCCCACAAACGGGAAGAAGCCUCUUGAAAGGAUGGCUUCCUCCCGAAAGCUGUCAUCAAGCAUGCAAUCUCCUGCACGUACAACACAGAGGCCUCAAUGAUAUAUCGAUAGUAGUUAACGUUGAACUUACAUAAUGCAGCUAUUUUCUUUGUGCCUAAGUUUCAGUGAACAUCAGAUAGAUUUGUAAAUAGACAUUUUUUGACAUUAUGGUUUUGUGCACUAGCAUCAGAUGCAUAUACUGGCUUUGAGGUUUGAAUAUCAGCAGCUAGUUUUGAGGAUAAAUUAUA